AUCUGCUACGUCCACAAAGCCAAUUCCGGGAAAAUUCCACCGCCUAAACUUCCAACAGUAGACGAUGUGAGAAAAGUGAUUCCACCACACUGUUUCGAGAAAAACCUUCUCACAUCUGUCAGAUAUCUAGUGCAGGAUCUUCUCAUUCUUGCUGGCUUGUACAUAAUUCUUCCCUACGUGGAAAACUACUUAGGUUGGAUAGGAUAUCUAGGAUGGUGCUGGAUGUUCGGCAUUUGCGGUUCUGCGUUGUUCGUUGUUGGCCAUGAUUGUGGACACGGCUCGUUUUCUGAGUACGAGUGGGUGAACGACCUGUGCGGACACAUCGCUCACGCUCCAAUCCUCGCCCCCUACUGGCCUUGGCAGAAGAGUCAUCGUCAGCAUCAUCAGUAUACUUCUCACUUGGACAAAGACAAAGGACAUCCAUGGGUGACCGAGGAGAAAUUUAUGCAGAAAACACUCCUGGAGAAAUAUUUUGCUUGUUUCCCGCUCUCCGGAUGGAUAAGGUGGAAUCCGAUCUACACAAUAAUCGGUCUGCCGGACGGCUCACAUUUCUGGCCGUGGUCGCGAUUGUUCACCACCACCGCCGACCGCGUCAAGUGCGUCAUCUCUGGAGCUGCUUGUCUGUUCUGUGCUGUUGUGGUAUUUGCGCUUUGCGAUUACUCGGUUUACAACUGGUUCAAAUACUACUAUAUUCCGUUGCUGUUUCAAGGCUUAAUCUUGGUGAUUAUCACCUAUUUACAGCACCAAGACGAAGAGAUCGAGGUGUAUGAGAACGACGAAUGGUCAUUCGUUCGUGGCCAGACGCAGACAAUCGACAGAAAAUACGGUCUUGGACUCGAUACAAUCAUGCACCACAUCACCGACGGCCACGUUGCUCAUCAUUUCUUCUUCACUAAGAUACCUCAUUACCAUCUGAUUGAAGCCACGGAGCCUAUCAAGAAGAUAUUGGAACCACUCAAGGAUACACCGUAUGGUUACAAGUCGGAGACGAACUACGACUUCUUCUUCAAGUAUCUCUGGUCAAACAUUCAUUUGGACUACCUGAUCAACAAGAGUAAAGGCGUACUGCAGUAUCGGAUCGGCGUCGAGAAGGCCACUAAAGCGUGCUGA